CAAGGACCUCCCUGAGCUUGGAGUGAAUCAAGUCACUCAUCCCAGGCCCUGGGACACUGCCAGGCUACAGCCUCAUUCCAGUAAGCAGUGACAGCAGGCAGGAUGUGAGAGCCUUUAUUACGCCCAUUGUUCCAUCAGGCUGAGCUCAAUGCUCUUUCCCAAGAGGCCUACUUGCACUAUUCAGAGCCAGAAUAACCACACUGGACUCUGGCCUCAUCAGCCCUCAUCUGGAGGAUUGUGUUCAGGUCUGGGAGUAACAAUUUAAGUCAGUUCCUAGUGUAUGCCAGAGCCUGUACUAGGGACUAAUGGACAAAGAAAAACAAAACCAAACCAGACCUGCCCUUCCUACUGAGAAGAAACAACAUGUAAAUAGAGGGAAGGAUCCACCUCAGACCUAGAGUAACAAUCCAUGACUGGGAAGAGAGCUCAUCAGCUAGCUCUGGAAAGGUCUUGGAACCAGACGACUGAACUGCCCCAGCCAAGUGGUCCUGAAAUUCCAGCUACACUAAGGAUGCCGACCUUGACCCGCCGCUCCGCCGUCCACCACAAGGCAACGCAGCGGCCAGCCGAGCAGUUCGGGAACCAGCUUCAACAGAUAUACGGGCAUCCGCAGACUGGGCCUCGCCGGGCCCCUGUACCUCUGCCCCUAACCCCUCCGGGCACCUCGGGGCCAGUUUUCCGGGCCAGGGCGGCCCCGAGCCGCUCAGCGCCAGCACUCACCACCACUACAAUGCUGCCCUGGAGACGGAGCAAGUUCGUGCUGGUGGAAGAUGAGAACAAGCGCAAGGGUAAGAGCCUGAGUCCCCGGCUUGCCUACACGUCGCUGCUCUCCACCUUCUUGCGCUCCUGCCCUGACCUGCUGCCCGAAUGGCCCCUGGAGCGCCUGGGCCGGGUCUUCCGCAGCAGACGCCAAAAAGUGGAGCUCAACAAAGAGGACCCUACUUACACGGUGUGGUACCUGGGCAACGCCGUCACCCUGCACGCCAAGGGCGACGGCUGCACGGAUGACGCCGUGGGCAAGAUCUGGGCGCGCUGCGGGCAGGCUGGGGGCACCAAGAUGAAGCUGACUUUGGGACCCCAUGGCAUCCGUAUGCAGCCCUGCGAGCGCACAGCGGGCUCAGGGUCCCGGAGGCCGGCGCACGCCUACUUGCUGCCGCGCAUCACGUACUGCGCGGCAGACCACCACCACCCGCGCGUUUUCGCUUGGAUAUACCGCCACCAGGCGCGCCACAAGGCCGUGGUCCUUCGCUGCCACGCAGUUCUGCUGGCUCGGGCGCACAAGGCGCGGGCCCUAGCGCGCCUGCUGCGCCAGACAGCGCUGGCCGCCUUUACCGACUUCAAGCGGCUGCAGAGGCAAAGCGACGCGCGCCAUGUGCGCCAGCAGCACCUCCGGGCGGCCGCAGGUGCGGCGGCCGGCUCGGUGCCCCGAGCGCCCCUGCGCCGCCUGCUCAACGCCAAGUGCGCCUAUCGGCCCCCACCCGCAGAACGCGGCCGUGGCGCACCCCGCCUCAGCAGCAUCCAGGAGGAGGAUGAGGAACAGGAGCCAGAGCAGGAGCAGGAACAAGAGCAGGAACAGGAGCAGGAGGAGGAGGAGGAAGAAGACGAAGAAGAAGAGGAAGAGGAGGAGGAGGAGGAGGAGGAGGACGAGGAGGGGAUCAUUGAGAAGGAUCAGGAAAGACCUGGGCAGGAGAGUAGUGUAGUACUCCAGGAGGCCGAUGGCCCGAAGCGCGAGCGCUCCGAGGUGCUGAGCUUAGCCCGGGAGCUGAGGACGUGCAGCCUAAGGGGCUCCGCCACUCCCCGGGCCCCGCCCCCAACCCCCAACCCUACCCACAAGGGCUGCAUGCAGGUUCUCAAACGCAGGCCUUUGGGGCCUGCUUCUCGCAAGGCCCUUCCCAGUUCCCUCCCCUCCCACCAGGCCCUAUGUGUUGUAGGGGGGUGGUAGUUGGUGCCUGAUGGCGCAGAGGCCCUUCUCAGAGAGCCCUUGCACUCCAAUGUUUCCCCAACUCAGGACCUCCUUCCUUCCCUAUCUCGGGCUCUCUCUGAACAAGCCAUUCCCCUUGCCAUCAUACCCCAAGCCCUUCCCUUCCCCACACCUAGCCAACAUGAGAAGGGAUGGAGAGUUUCCAGAGGUCCGCUACCGCUUAUCCUUGGACCCAGGCAAUGGAGAUGUGACUGCAACAGGGAGGGCUAGAACUCAGUUCUAGAAACCCCCUUCUCCUUCCCCCAGGGGACCUGGGACUGCUUAACAUGAAGGUAGUUGUGGGAACCAGAGGGACUCUAAGGGUUCAAUGGACCCGCCACUGCUCAGGACUUGCCUCCAAGAUGACUCAGCAGUCCCAGACUGAGAAGGUGAAUGGCUCCCAAGACUCUCCCCACUCCAUCAGCUCUCCAAGGGUUGGGGGCUAUCGUUACUCUUCACCCUUCUUAGCCCUGCCACUGGAGGAGAGACCAGGAAACAUCCUGACAGUUGGACAGAAAACCAAGCCUAUUGUAGUGGCACCACCUUCUGGGCCCAGCAGCCUCUUGUCAUCCCCACAGGACUACUGAUUCCCACCAGGGCCCUCUUCUCUGCAGGUUGAGGUGUAGAUGGAUCUCUUUAAGAGACCCCCCUUCCAUCUCCCUGGACCAGGAUGGGGCACUGCAGGAGGUAAGGUGACAAGGCAGGUACUCCAGGCACUGGUGAUACUGAGGGCCAAGUCCCUAAAACAAAGACUGUCCCAAAGGGACGGUCAUAGAGCACCCUUCUCUCCACUGAGGACAAAAUGAAUAUGUUAACCCAACAAGGGGAUGGGCAUCUGCUCAAAUGCCUCUCUACUUGCUGAGGCCUCAGAAAGCCCAAAGAUCAAGAUGUCACCAACUGAUCACUGGUAAAUAAAAUAGAUCUGUCUUUUCAGUA